AUGAUAGUCUUCAAUUAUUUAAACCUAAUAACUUUUUUUUUAUCGGCAACUAUAUGCCUAGCUGAAGGGAAUCGAGCUUAUGAUGACCAAAGUCUGCAAGAACUCCAGGACUUAUUGCUUGAUCCAGAAGAUAUUGUUCUAAUACAGGCAGUUGAAAUUUCUUUAGAUAAAGUAUACUUAGACGAUGACUCAACCUUGCACAUCAGAAAUGCUAAAUCUUAUCCAUGGUAUCUUAACUCGGUGAAUGACUUUAGUGUAGCAUUUGGAAAACAUGUAACGGUGAAUGAUGGAGGUGUAUUGACUAUAGAUGAUAGUUCUGAAUCUAUUAGUUCUUCAAACCACUUCUUUGAAGAUGGCCUCAGUAUCUACGGCAAUGGGCAAGUCCAAAUUUUAGGUGCAAAGGCUCAUAACAAAAUGUAUGUACAAGUUUAUAAUGAAUUUUCGAAUUCUGGAUCUAUGGCCUUUCACAAUAUAUGGGAGCAGCAAAAUGAUGGGAGUGUUACUUUUUCUAAAUCUGGAAACCCCAAUUUUGAAAAUACAGGUACUCUUUGUUUUGACAGAAUUGAAAAAGUAUCUCAGGAAGCAUUCAUGAAUGGAGAUGGUUGUAUAAGAAUAGGUCAAUACUCCAAUUAUUAUGUCAAAGAUCCUGGUGACCAGCAAUUCUAUUUGGAACCCGAAGGUAUGCUAUAUAUUCAAAAUGAUGGUAGUCUAGAGACUACGAUUUUUGGUAUGAACAGUGCCAGCAUAAUUAAUUUCCGUUUUACUGGUACCAGCUAUUCAAUGGUUUAUGAUGAUGAAACAUUACAUAUAUCAGAUGGUCGUAGCCAAUAUGACUUUAUUAUCGGGCCCAAUUAUGAUGCUGAUCAAUUCGAAAUUGAAUUUGUAGGCGACUAUUGUCCUAAUGGAGGCGGUGUAACCGAUUAUGCUUUUAUCAAAAAUAAGAGAGCAAUUGCAAUUGAUUGUACUGCAAGGAUUUAUUAUUGGGGUGACGAUGUUGAUAACGAAAUUCCACAAGUUUGUGAAAAAUGUCCUGACCCAGCUACAUUUGAUUUCGACCUCUUUGAUAGCUUAAUUAACCCCCAAAACGAAGAUCAAUUUGAAGAACGUUAUGAAGAAUGGUUAGAAGAUGAAAAUGGAGACUUGAUCACAAGAAGUGGGAUAGUUUAUGUCACUACUGAUGACAAUGCUCAACUAACAACAAGUACAUCUACAUUUCCUCGACCUUACACUCAGUACACAACUACAUUCACCACCACCGAGGACGAUGGAUCAGUUGUCACGGAAUCGGGAGUUGUAUUAGUCACCACCAACUCAGAUAGGGAUCUUUACACAACAACUUCAAUUAUCCCACCACCUUACACUCAGUACACAACUACAUUCACCACCACCGAGGACGAUGGAUCAGUUGUCACGGAAUCGGGAGUUGUAUUAGUCACCACCAACUCAGAUAGGGAUCUUUACACAACAACUUCAAUUAUCCCACCACCUUACACUCAGUACACAACUACAUUCACCACCACCGAGGACGAUGGAUCAGUUGUCACGGAAUCGGGAGUUGUAUUAGUCACCACCAACUCAGAUAGGGAUCUUUACACAACAACUUCAAUUAUCCCACCACCUUACACUCAGUACACAACUACAUUCACCACCACCGAGGACGAUGGAUCAGUUGUCACGGAAUCGGGAGUUGUAUUAGUCACCACCAACUCAGAUAGGGAUCUUUACACAACAACUUCAAUUAUCCCACCACCUUACACUCAGUACACAACUACAUUCACCACCACCGAGGACGAUGGAUCAGUUGUCACGGAAUCGGGAGUUGUAUUAGUCACCACCAACUCAGAUAGGGAUCUUUACACAACAACUUCAAUUAUCCCACCACCUUACACUCAGUACACAACUACAUUCACCACCACCGAGGACGAUGGAUCAUUUGUCUCGGAAUCGGGAGUUGUAUUAGUCACCACCAACUCAGAUAGGGAUCUUUACACAACAACUUCAAUUAUCCCACCACCUUACACUCAGUACACAACUACAUUCACCACCACCGAGGACGAUGGAUCAGUUGUCACGGAAUCGGGAGUUGUAUUAGUCACCACCAACUCAGAUAGGGAUCUUUACACAACAACUUCAAUUAUCCCACCACCUUACACUCAGUACACAACUACAUUCACCACCACCGAGGACGAUGGAUCAGUUGUCACGGAAUCGGGAGUUGUAUUAGUCACCACCAACUCAGAUAGGGAUCUUUACACAACAACUUCAAUUAUCCCACCACCUUACACUCAGUACACAACUACAUUCACCACCACCGAGGAUGAUGGAUCAGUUGUCACGGAAUCGGGAGUUGUAUUAGUCACCACCAACUCAGAUAGGGAUCUUUACACAACAACUUCAAUUAUCCCACCACCUUACACUCAGUACACAACUACAUUCACCACCACCGAGGACGAUGGAUCAGUUGUCACGGAAUCGGGAGUUGUAUUAGUCACCACCAACUCAGAUAGGGAUCUUUACACAACAACUUCAAUUAUCCCACCACCUUACACUCAGUACACAACUACAUUCACCACCACCGAGGAUGAUGGAUCAGUUGUCACGGAAUCGGGAGUUGUAUUAGUCACCACCAACUCAGAUAGGGAUCUUUACACAACAACUUCAAUUAUCCCACCACCUUACACUCAGUACACAACUACAUUCACCACCACCGAGGACGAUGGAUCAUUUGUCUCGGAAUCGGGAGUUGUAUUAGUCACCACCAACUCAGAUAGGGACCUUUACACAACUACAUCUUUGUUCGUAAGACCUACGAGUUCUUAUUUAAGUUCGGUUGGUGAUGAAAGUUCAAGUUCAAUAUUAGUUCCUGAAGUCUCAGAAUCAUCCUUAGAAUUUAUGUCUUCCUCACAAGGACUUUCAACAAUUGAUGUUGUUAAAGAGUCUACAGAAGAUACACUGAGUUCUUCUACUGACGUUUCAUCUAAAUUAUCCGUUGAAUCAUCUAUUAUAACAUCUGCUAUAAGAUCCGCUGAACAAUCCAUUGAAGAUGAUGCUGAAAUCACAAGUAGCUAUUUCACUGAGAAAACAACUUCGUUGGUUUCGGAUUACCCUGACGUGACUUCUUCUAGUUUGCUGUCUUCGGGUUAUUUGUGGCAACAUUCUUCUACUACGAUAUAUUCUACUUUAGUGGAGCCAUCGGAUGUUCCAUUACGAUCUGACCAAAUAUUUAGCAGUUCUACGGUUAACUUUAGCCCUGUUUCAUCACCCUCAUCAUUGCUUUCUAUUUCUACCAGUACUUCUGAAUGGACUAUUGCAACAAUCAUUACAAUUACAAAUUCUGAUGGAACCGUUCAGACUAAGACAACUGUAAUAAAUAACCCAACUGAAUCAGAUGGUUAUUGGAAUAGUGUUACAUCCUGGUUGGAAGAUCCUGAAGAAACUAACACUCAUGACAGGGAACCAAUACUAAGCAUCUCUAAAUCUGAAAUGUCUUCUGCAGAAUCAAAACUGGUUUCUAGUACUGCAUUAUCAACAGUUAUUUCAUCUUCUGAAAUACACUCAGACUGGUCUUAUACUACUACCAUUGUGAUAACUGAACCAGACGGAAGUGUUGAGACAAAGACUGCUAUUGUUGUAGAUCCUCAAAACUCAGAAGGUGAUUGGUACACUUAUACUUCAUUCUUAGACGAUACUGAAACUACCACUGAACCUACAGAAACAAUAAUUGUUCAACCACCAUCUACAGCUCAAUUGGAAUCAGAUCUUGUUUCUUCCGAAUUACACUCAGACUGGUCUUAUACUACUACCAUUGUAAUAACUGAACCAGACGGAAGUGUUGAGACAAAGACUGCUAUUGUUGUAGAUCCUCAAAACUCAGAAGGUGAUUGGUACACUUAUACUUCAUUCUUAGACGAUACUGAAACUACCACUGAACCUACAGAAACAAUAAUUGUUCAACCACCAUCUACAGCUCAAUUGGAAUCAGAUCUUGUUUCUUCCGAAUUACACUCAGACUGGUCUUAUACUACUACCAUUGUAAUAACUGAACCAGACGGAAGUGUUGAGACAAAGACUGCUAUUGUUGUAGAUCCUCAAAACUCAGAAGGUGAUUGGUACACUUAUACUUCAUUCUUAGACGAUACUGAAGCAACAAUAGAACCAAAUACUGGAGCUACCGAAGGGUAUGAUCAUCCUACUAGUACUAUUACUACCACUUGGUCAGGGACCUUCGUUACUACUAUGACAUUACCAGGUGAUGAUAUCGACACAGUUAUCAUUGCUACUCCUGUUGAUACUGUGACUAUUACGCAAACUUGGACUGGUAGUGAGCCAACAACUUCUACAAUCAAAGGUCAAUUUACUGACACCAUUGUUGUUUCAAUUCCAAGCAAUGUAGGAGAGAACAACCAAAGCAAUGAAGAUGAAGAUAAUACGACAAAUGAAACUUUCGUCGUCACUGAAUAUAUCACCACAUACACUAGUGAAUUAGGUGAUGGAUCCAUGACAACUGCAAGUGCAAACGUUGUUGUAUCACUGAAUGAUGAAGGACAGUUGUUCACAUCUUCUUCAGUAUUACCAUUUGUUACGACUUACACAACCACUGUUGUUGUCACAUUAGAAGGUCAACAAGCCACCUCAGAUGUAUACGAGGUUGUGAUUUCAUCGGACAAUCAAGGAACUGCUUCAACCAACACCAGACCUGUAGCCGAUGUUAUAGCUACUGAUGGAGCCACACCUGAAUAUGAAGGUUACAAUCAAGGAAACACCGAUCAAGGAAACACCGAUCAAGGAAACACUGAUCAAGGAAACACUGAUCAAGGAAACACCGAUCAAGGAAACACUAAUCAAGGAAACACUAAUCAAGGAAACACUAAUCAAGGAAACACUAAUCAAGGAAACACUAAUCAAGGAAACACUAAUCAAGGAAACGCUAAUCAAGGAAACACUGAUCAAGGAAACACCAAUGAAAGUUCUGGUAAUCAAGCAACUGAACAAAGUUCAAAUGAUGAAGGAAACUUUAACCAAGGAACUCCUGUUGAGUUAGAUGUAGCCAAUGAAGUAAAUGCUAAUCAAGAUAUUUCUAAUGGAAACAUUGCCAACCAAGGUGCUGAAGGUCAAGGAAGUUUAAACCAAGGUUUAGAAAAUGAAGUUGAUGAAGAGAUAAUUUACCAAGGAAAUACCAAUCAAGGUGAAUCAAAUGGUGAUGCCACUGGUAUUGCUCCUGGUGAUGUUGUCGGUAACGAAGGUGUAGUUGCUGUUGAAGUUAUUGCCAAUGUUGAAGGUGCCAAUGUUGAAGCUAAUGUUGAAGCUAAUGUUGAAGCUAAUGGUGAAGGUUCCAAUGGUGUUGCCGAUGGUGAAAGUUCUACUGGAGGAAUUGAAGAUGAAGUAGUUAUAGUACCUGAAAAUGAACCUUUGGAUGGUUCUUUAACUACGAUGAAUGGUGAAACAGUAGCACCAACUUCAAUUGAUUAUUUUGCAACCAUUGCUACAGUCAACCCCGAAUCACAUAAUGAUCAUGAAGGAUCACCCAGAGCUCCUCCCAUAGAAGAUUUUGUUAUUGGUUCUACUCAUGAAGUUGAAGAAUUUGUCAAUAAAGCAAAUUCUAUGGAAUGUUCAAUGUAUUUUAUUUUUGUUUCUACUUUGUUUAUAAUACUAAUAAUUUAG